UCCGAGAAGAAGAAAUCAAAUCAAAUUAAUAGAAAAAGGUAGAAACAACAUCACUAUUCAUAUUUUGUUUAGAUUGAAAAAAAAAAAACUUAACUCAAAAAAAAUAUAUAUCAAACAACAAAAAAAACCAAAAAAAAUUAUUUUUGUUAAGAGACUUUUUUGUAGAGUAGUGAGAGUAAUAUGGCGCAGAUGCAGCGGGAAGAGGUAGCGUCCGUCACGAAGGAGACGACGGAGAAGAAACUAUUAGACGGGGGAGGCGGAUCUUCCGGCGCUCAGGCGACGUCGUUCAAAUUCAACGCUCAAGCACCUGAAUUUGUACCGCGAUCACAUACCACCGCACCAGCACCGCAGGUUUCUCCGAUCUCUGGUUACUUUUACCCUUGUUGCAUUGGAGGAUGCGGCGGCGCAGGAGGGACAGGCGUUGGUGCUCAGUCGUCGGAUUGGAUCUACGUGGGAGGAGGAGAUCCUACAGCUCAGCAUCAACAUGUUCAUGAUCCGGCUGCUGCGUUUUACAUUCCGAAUCCGGCUGUUCAGUUUCCGGUUAAUCAGAACUCGUCUUCUUCGUCCAAGAAUCUACUUUCCGAUGAUCUCCGGCUUAAGAUCGUUAAACAGGUUGAGUACCAGUUUACGGACAUGAGUCUCCUAGCAAACGAGUCCAUUUCAAAGCACAUAAGCAAAGACAUUGAAGGUUAUGUGCCCAUAUCCUAUAUCGCUUCGACCAAGAAGAUCAAGGCAUUAACGAGUAACCACCACCUAGUUUCACUUGCUCUACGCUCCUCUUCAAAGCUUGUUGUGAGUGAAGACGGCAAGAAAGUUAAGCGUACAAGUACAUUCACUGAUAGAGACAGAGAGGAACUGCAGGGUCGGACUGUCGUUGCAGAGAAUUUGCCAGAUGAUCAUUCUUACCAAAACCUUGAGAAGAUCUUUGGAGUUAUUGGAAACGUCAAAGCCAUUCGUAUCUGUCAUCCUCCAGAAUCCAACUCCUCCCGUCCAAAAGGCGAUUUCUUGAUGAGCAACAAAAUUCACGCCCUUAUCGAGUAUGACAACACUGUUAUCGCUGAUAAAGCUGUGGAGAAGCUGAACGAUGAAAGAGACUGGAGGAAAGGGCUUCGCGUGAGGCUGCUUCUCAGAUGCUCGCCCAAAUCGGUGCUCAAGAACCGAAGAAACUUCGAUGGGAUCCUCAUCGAUGAUGAACUCCCUUCUUAUGAAUCAGGAGAAGACUCUCCGCGUCACCAUUUAACCGAAUCACAGCUUGAUAACGACGGUGAUGACAACAAUGUUGGUGGACUGUGGGGUAAAGGGAGAGGAAAAGGACGAGGACGAUCCCCAAGAAGCUACGCAGUAGGAGGAGGAGGACGUAGCUUCGGGAUUGGGCUCGGAGUCAGCCUCGGGACACCGAGCCUAAGCUCACACGAAUCUUCGUCUCCUAAAACAGCAACAAAAGGACCAAGAAUGCCUGAUGGAACCAGAGGCUUCACCAUGGGACGUGGCAAACCUUCCUCCAUCUCACUCUCACCUAACAAUCUCUAAAUUAUUCACCACCACAACGACUACAGUUUAUUAUUCAUUUACUAUAAUAGAGGUAAAAGUUUUAGAGAGUUAAUUAACCAAAUAAUACAUAUAUGGGUUGGUUUUUCUAACAUGAGUUCACAGAAGCAAGGCAUAUGACUUUGGGAGAAGAUAGUGAAUGAACUAUAUGAUGAAGGCAUGGUGACAUUUUUUUGAGUGUUCGUUUUAUAUACCUUCUUUCAUUCUUUUCAAUUCUCUAACUUGAGCAAUUUCCUUUUUCUUUUGUAUGUUUAAUAUAUUUUAUUUUUGUGAGAUUACUAUUCUGAAUAAUGAAGGGUUUAUAGCACAAGAAUUGCAACCCUACUUGUGUAUCUCUCAACUCUUUGUUUUGAUUUAGAUGAAUGG